ACCUGUCACUCUGGAUUAGACACACACUCGCCACUGGACCUGUCCACUCUGGAUUAGACACACACUCGCCACUGGACCUGUCCACUCUGGAUUAGACACACACACACACACGCCACUGGACCUGUCCACUCUGGAUUAGACACACACACACACACGCCACUGGACCUGUCCACUCUGGAUUAGACACACACACACGCCACUGGACCUGUCCACUCUGGAUUAGACACACACACACGCCACUGGACCUGUCCACUCUGGAUUAGACACACACACACACUCGCCACUGGACCUGUCCACUCUGGAUUAGACACACACACACACACUCGCCACUGGACCUGUCCACUCUGGAUUAGACACACACACACACUCGCCACUGGACCUGUCCACUCUGGAUUAGACACACACACACUGUCUGGGGCGGCAGGUAGCCUAGCCAAAAGGUUGCUGGAUCGAAUCCCCGAGAGGACAAGAGCCUGCCACUGCCAGCAUGUCACUGUUUGAGACUGAAGGACCCCUCGUUCUGGACCUGAGCUGCCCUAUCUGCCUGCAACUCUUCUCCGACCCUGUGUCCCUACCCUGCGGCCACGUCUACUGCUCAGCCUGCCUUGAAAAGUACAUGGACACUGACACGGCCCACCACUGCUGUCCCGAAUGCCAGGUUGAGUACCAGGGCCUCCAGGCCCUCGUGAAGAACUUCAAGAUGUGCAGCAUCAUCGAGAGCUAUAAAGCCACCACAACAGGAAAGGUCAGAUCUGUAACAGAUGGAGAUGGUGGUGAUUGCCACCAGGGGGUAUUGUCACCUAACCAGAGAAAUGAUGGUAAGGCCUCUGAAUGUCUAUUAGACAUAGAGCAACAAGAGUUACAACACACAGGCUUGGGAGAUGCAGCUGCAGCGCCCGCUACUUUUCUGAAAAACCAACUGACCAAGAUGGAGAAGUCUAAACUUCUAUUAGCGUCUCAUGUAACAGAGUUGACGGUGAGGCUGCAGAUUGCUGAGGACCAGCUGAGGAGGGAGGAGGAGAGGGAGGUUGAGGUCCGGGCCGCCAAUGCCCUUCUGAGAGGAAAGGCAGCCAAGCUGCUGGAGCGGAUGACUGAGCUGACGAUCAACUACGUUACUGGGAUGACAGAGUUGAUUGAAGAGGAACUGCGCCCCACCGAGGAGAGCCUAGGCAGCCGAGUACACCAAGUCUCCGAGAUCCGAGUGAAGUUGAGGGAUGCCCAGCUCCGAGCCAAAUCCCUCCUGACCGAGGAAGACAGUGGGGUGUUCAGUGAGGGGUUUCAGGAGGCACAACCGCGCAUCAUGGAGCUGAUGGCCCAGCAACCUCUAGAGGAGCUGGACCACGACAACACCUGUCCUGAGUCGAAAGUUAACCCAGGCCGAGCUUGCGACGAGCUGGAACGGAGGAGCGCAGAGUUGAGGGAGGGACUCGGGACGGCCCAGCGUUCCCUACGCAAUGUCCUCAACCCCUCAGAGGUGACCUUUGACCUAGACACUGCCCACCCCAGCUUGGUGCUGUCGGAGGACCUGAAGACGGUGACCUUCAGCACCAAAAAGCAGCCCUACCCGGCCCUGCCAACAAGGUUUAGCAACUUCCUCCAGGUGCUGAGCACCCAGAGCUUCUACGGAGGCGAGCAUCGCUGGGAGGUGGAGCUGGACGGAUCUUCUCCCUGGAUCAUAGGGGUGUGCUACAGCGGGGCGCUAGCACGCAGCGGGUUAGCGAGUGCCCUAGAGAGUAGCCGUGGCUCCUGGUGCCUGAUGUGGUUCGAUAACCUGCUCAGGUCCUUUGAGCAGGGCCAUGAUGUCCCAUUGAUGAGAACCCCGGCAGUACAUAGACUGGAGAUCACGCUGAGUUUUAAGACUCAGAGGUUGAGCUUCUAUAACGUCAGCCAGUGCAGUGGGAAGACUCACGUGUACACCUUUAAGGCGAACCUCACGGAGCCGGUGCAUCUGGCUUAUAGGAUGAUGUCAGGCCAACCGAAGGCACGCAUAACAGUAUGCUCUUGAACGGUCAUUGGUACAAAAGAGAACCUAGCAAGAUUACAUACUUUUGUUUUUAUUAAUUCUGUAUUAAUACCAAACAUUUCUUGUUUACAUUUAAUGUUGUUCAUGGUUGUAGAGACAUAGUUGUUUUGGUCUGUUACUAGCGGUAGGGGAGAGUGGAGUAAGUUGAGCCACCACUUUUUUCUAGGAAACCAUACACAAUGUAUAAUAGAUUAUCAUUUAAUGGAGUCUAGAAACCACAUGGAUAAAGUAGUAAGCAAGCUGGUCCAAAUUUUUUUUCACAAAGUCAAAUUAAUAUUUUGUCUUAUAGGUUUCAUGAUUAUUGUAUCUAAACCAGAUAGUUUUAAGAUUUGUUUUAUAAAUCAGUUUGGUUCUCUUUAUGCUGCAUGGAAUAAACGCAGCAUGAAAGUG